GCUGCUGUUGCUGCUGCUCCUGCGCCGGGCGCCGGGCGCUGCUGCUCGGCCGCUCGGUUGCUCCGCCGGCGCAGCUUCCCCCCCUCCACUCCUCGUCUACCCAGCCACCUUUUGCAACUUGGCGGGGCCUCCCUCUUGCUGAGUCUGGUCUGGCCCAAGCUGGCGCCGAGCUCCCGGUAACCCGGGCCGGCUAGCUGGCCGCGGGCGGGUCGGUGCCGGUGGUGGUGGUGGGGCGCGCAGAGGGGGCGGGGGGCCAGCGGUUUCGCCCCCCGCCGAUGAGCCGCCGCGGGCGCGGAGCGCGGGCGGACGAUGGAACUCCAUAUCUUGGAGCACCGGCUGCAAGUUGCCAGCGUCGCCAAGGAGAGUAUCCCGCUGUUCACCUACGGCCUGAUCAAACUUGCCUUCCUGUCCUCCAAGACCAGGUGCAAGUUCUUCAGUCUGACAGAGACGCCCGAAGACUAUACCAUCAUUGUCGAUGAGGAGGGUUUCCUGGAGCUGCCCUCCUCAGAGCACCUGAGUGUGGCAGACGCCACCUGGCUGGCUCUGAAUGUGGUGUCCGGUGGUGGCAGUUUCUCCAGCUCCCAGCCCAUUGGUGUGACCAAGAUCGCCAAGUCAGUCAUCGCUCCCCUGGCCGACCAGAACAUCUCAGUGUUCAUGCUGUCCACAUACCAGACGGACUUCAUCCUGGUGCGCGAGCGUGACCUACCCUUCGUCACCCAUACCUUGUCAUCAGAGUUCACCAUCCUUCGGGUGGUCAAUGGCGAGACAGUGGCUGCCGAGAACCUUGGUAUCACCAACGGCUUCAUGAAGUCCAAGAUGGUCCAGAGGCCGGUCAUCCACCCGCUGUCCAGCCCCAGCAACAGAUUCUGUGUCACCAGCCUGGACCCCGACACACUGCCCGCUGUCGCCACCCUCCUUAUGGAUGUCAUGUUCUACUCUAACGGAGUGAAGGACCCCCUGGCUGCUGGCGACGACUGUGGUCACAUCCGCUUCUUUUCCUUCUCCCUCAUCGAGGGUUACAUCUCCCUGGUGAUGGACGUGCAGACCCAGCAGAGGUUCCCUAGUAACUUGCUGUUCACGAGCGCAUCCGGAGAACUGUGGAAGAUGGUGCGAAUCGGAGGACAGCCUCUGGGAUUCGAUGAGUGUGGGAUCGUGGCCCAGAUCUCUGAGCCCCUGGCUGCGGCUGACAUCCCAGCCUACUACAUCAGUACCUUCAAGUUCGACCACGCACUGGUCCCGGAAGAGAAUAUCAGUGGUGUCAUUGGUGCCCUGAAGGUCAGUCAGGCAGAGAAGCGUUAGGACUCCGCUCUCCCUGCCAACCCGGCCUGCGCCAGCCCCUUCCUGAAAAUUCUUUCUGCAGUAUUUCUCCACAGACUGGAAAACAGGCCUGGGGACCCCAAGAAGGGGCCUCUGGGACACUCCCAUGAUUGCUGACCCUCCAGGCCUGAGCCUGUGCCCUCCUCUUCCCUUCCCUGAGCCCCACCUUCCUAAGAAUGAGGUACUUCCCCACCCCCAGCCAUACCCCAGAAAAUGGUUUCUGAGGCCCAGAGGGCCAGGGAGCAGACCCACCUUCUCAUGUGGCCUCACACACAGCACGGGGCUGACACCAAAGGAAGCCAGAGCCUCUCACGGGACGACAGGGUCCAUGCUCCUGGUGAUGUCUUUGGGGGGCUGAUGGAGCGGGGCUGAAUGUGGGAACCCCCCGACCGUGAAGGCCCUGGCUGGGGGCCAUGCUUGCUGGUCCCUGGCUCCAUCACCUCAGGGCUGGUUCCCGCAGAGUUGAGGCCAGCAGGCUGUCAUUGUGACUGGCGAGGUUCAGGCAGGAGCGCAGAGGGCCCACGUCACCCAGCACACCCCGCCUGCCAACCACAGGGCCUGUUCCCCAACUCCCAGCAUGACUGCCAAGAGGGGCCCUAACCAGACCCUCCCACCAUCACCACAAGCACUCACUCCUGGGGGAGGAGGGGGCCCAGAGAGCCACCAGCCUGGGAGCACCGACUCCUGUCCUAUACACUUUCCCCAAACCUGACUUGGGUAGGUUGGAGCCUCAGUUUCCCCCACAGUGGGGACUUCCCGAAGCACCCUGGGCCUGGGAUGUCUUAGGUCAUCCCACCUCUCCAGCUGUUAACUAGACCAGCCUAGGGCUCCCCCAUCAUUCUCCCCUGCCCCACCUUUGGGGGAUAAGUCGCCUGCCUGCCACCCACCCCGCCAUCUGGGGCCAUGGUGCUCCUGAGUUACUUAGCCUGGAGGCAGCUUAACUGAGCCUUAAUAGAGAAAACCGUCCUUUGUUUUAGUUUUUUAUUUAAUGUAUUUGUGCCCGGGCUGCUGUUAUGGGCAGUAGUUUCUGUUUUUAGGAGAUGAGGCCAAUUUGAGUUCUGCCUGGAGGCCCCAAGGGUUCAUUGUCACUUGGUGGCCUGUGGCUUUGAAAAUGGGCGCAACUACCAAGAAGAGUCACAGAGACCUCAGCCAGGUCUUCUAAGAGAGGCUGGGCGCAGAGAUCUGUCACAUGGGGAUUUUCGAGCACCCCAGGGCCUCCGGCCACAGUGGUUCUGUCUGGGCAUCUGAGCAGUGAGGGGACCCAAGGGCCUCGGGGAAGUGGUGUAGGACGAGGGGCCUACCCAUGCUCUUGCAGGUGUUUUUUUUCAGACACUGUCCCCAAGGCUAAUCUAGCGAAAGGCCAGGUGAGCCUGGAGUCCCCAGGAAACCGUUCUAGACCCCUCCAAGGGCUGAGCGCCCAGCACACUAAGCAGAAUCCCACAUUCCUGUUUUUUAAGUCAAUCAUUUUGCACAAAACUGGCUGCCAACCAAAUCUGGUCCCGAGUGGAGGUCGGCCACGCGGCCGGGCGAUGGCCAAAGGCCCGGAGUCCACUUUCUGUCUGUGGAAGGCCUUGAUUUUUCUGGGGUGCAUCUAUCUGUAUCC